UCGGUUCUCCCCCUCGCCUGCCCUGCCUGGCAGGAUUAGUCAACUCAGAAACAUUUCUUAUGUUGCCUUUAAAAAAGCACUGGCUGUAUUGUCAUUAUUAUUAUCUUAUCCCAGGCUUGGCAAAGUAGGGCACUGUAGCUGUUUUUGUAUGGACUCAUGAGUUAAGAAUUUUCAAAUGUAAAGUGUAAACAAACCUAUUAUGAGGAUAUUGCGUUUUGGCCUACCAAACCUAAGACAUUGACAAUAGUAACUGGCCCUUUACAGAAAAAGUUUGUCAAAUCUUGGCUUAUCUCCCCUAGGCUAAUUUCUUCAGUUCUGGCCUCCUAUGCAGAGCUGGAUAACAGACAAGAGAGUUUCUAGAAGACAUGCCAUUCUCGAGGUGGUGGGUGGUCAGCUUCGAAUCAAACCAAUACAUACAAAUCCAUGUUUUUAUCAGUCUUCUAAGAAGAGCCAGCUCUUACCAAUGAAGACAAAUGUAUGGCAUUGGCUGCAUCCUGGAGAUAGUUUUUCUUUGUUAGCCAACAAGUACAUCUUCCAUGUUUUCUCUACACAUUCCAAAAUGGAAAAUGACUGUACAUUAAGAAACAGUCAAAUGCUUGAUGAAGACAAUAUAAUAAAUGAAACAUCAGAGUCUUCUGUGAUUAAUUUACCUGAUAAGACAACUGGUGCCUCACAGCCAGAAAGAAGCACAGAAGUAACCAAGACCCAGACUACUACCACAGAUAGUGUGUCUUUUAUAGGUGAAUGUACAGACUUUAGCAAGCAACAGUCAAACCCUACCCAGAGGAAAAGAAUCCUUCCAGCUUGGAUGUUAGUAGAAAAUUUAAGUGAUAAAGACCUUUCAGCAUCUGUCAUCAGUGGAGAUAAAAACAUAAUCCAGGAAAGUGGAAAAGAAGGAAUCUAUAAAGAUGAAACUCCAGUAAAUGUGACACAGCAAGGAAGAAAGCGACUAAUUUCAUCAGAAAAUUCAGAAAGUGUAUCAGCAGAACAAGAUGCAGGAAAAAAGUAUAAAAAUUUUGAUCAAGAAAAGGCAGCUAUUUCCUCCAAGAAAAUGCCAGAAUCACUUUCUACAAUUACUUUAAGUAACACAGAUAUGAAUACUGUGACGACUAAUACACAGAGAAACAAAAUUGAAGUAGAGGAACCUGGUAAGGUUUCUGAACACAAAGUUAUGACUAAAAGAACACCUAAUGAAGAAGGGGAGGCAGUGAAUUGUUCUGCGAGUUGUAUGAGUGUCCAAAGCAAGUCAUUCCCCUAUGAGUCUCAAGGAUGCCGUCCUGAUUCCAGCUCUGAUCCCUCCAGUCCUGAGACUUUGCAGGCAAAGGCAACUGAAUUGGUUCCACAAGAUUCAGAAGAAAACAUGGUGAAGAGGACAUCCUGCAUGUAUGGACCAAACUGCUACAGGAAGAAUCCUGUCCAUUUUCAACACUUCAGCCACCCUGGUGAUAGGGAUUAUGGAGGUUUAGAAGUCGUGGGUCAAGAUGAGACCGAUGGUCGGCCUGAAUGUCCCUAUGGAGCAUCUUGUUACAGGAAGAAUCCCCAGCACAAGAUAGAAUAUAGACAUAGUGCACUUCCUGUAAGAAGAGUUUUUGAUGAAGACGAUGGUGUUGGGCAACCCAGUGAGUGUGACCUGAAUGACAGCUUUCUAGAUGAGGAGGAAAAUGAGCCAACAGAUGAAGAUUCUGACUGGGAACCAGGAAAAGAAGAUGAAGAAAAGGAGGACAUGGAAGAGCUUCUAAAAGAAGCAAAAACGUUUAUGAAAAGAAAAAACUAGCUCUUUUAGAGCUCACAUUCACUUUUUCUUUAUGGGAGAAAGUCAGGAACAAGGAGGUACUUAAGGGAUCAUUGUUUUCCUUCUUUGAUAGUUGUGACUUUUACUAUUGACUUCUUUGUAGGUGAAACAUUGAAAUGUCAGCCUUCACUGAAGUGGUAGAAUGCAAUGUCUGCCUUGCUUUCUUUCCUAUUUAAAGUAUUGAGAGUAGGAAGCAAAUAGGCUAAAUAGUGGUAACUGAUAUUUUCAUAUACUUGUAUAUUAGUAAUAAAAAACCAUAGGUUGCAUAAAACUGGUCUUUUUUUCCCAACAAUG